AUGGACGGUCAAGCAUGGGCCAGCACGGGCUGGGACAACUCGAGCCCUGCCCGCCAGAGUCCCACCGUACAACAAGAUCUAAUCCGCGAUGGCACGGAUAAGUUCAAGCUCAUGGUUCUCGGAGAAGCCUCUGGAGGUGCUGCCGCCCCUGGUACCAACCACUCCAUGGCCGUGGCCGGCCAGUCCCAGGCUCGCACUCCGAUCGCGCCCAAUCCCUCUGCUUCGCAAGAGAUUAAGCCCAUGUUCUCGAACCCAACCUCGCCUUGGAAUCUCUUUGCGAGGAAUUCUCAGAAAGCAAACGCGUCUGAGCUGCCUAUGCCUGGAGCUGCCUCCAGCACAAAACCUGGACGCUUUGCAGGUGGACCUCCGCGCGCGCGAAACUACGAGAAAUACUCCAUGUCGGAGAAGAGCAUGCCUUCGGCCGUAAUCGGCAGCGAUGAUGAUAACAAUCUGGCCCAACGAGUAGGCAAGGUCGAUAUCCGAGGCCACAUCGCACCUCCUCACAUUCUGGAGAACUUUGGCGGAAAGUGGAUCAAGGCGACAUGGGGCAACGAUGAUGAUGAUGACCAUGAAGAGCUCCUUGCCUCGGAGUCCUUUCUUAACCCAUUCGUCCUGUCGUGGCAAGAGACUAUACCCAGAAACAUCUGUGUUGACUUGGCUGACCCUGAGCCAAACUCCCCUCACUGGACCCGGGACAUUGACACAACCACGGGCAAGUUCAUUGACCAAAUCCACCAACCACCCACCAUGGUUGGUGAAGAGAGCUUGAGCGCACAGGAGAUGCAGCAUCGAUUUACCUGGACCUCCACAUCGCUUGGUCGUCUUGAGUACAAGCGGUACAAGAAAGGCUUGCGGAGAUUCAACGCGGUUCCUGAAGAUUAUGGCAUGGUCCCGCUGAGUGAGGAACCCUACCGGCCGAGGCCCAAGCCUUACACAACCAAGAUCCCGUGUCUGGUUCGCCCAGCCAAUAUUGAAGAUAUGGCCAGCGCUCUGGAGAUCUACAACCAUGAAGUGAGCACGGGGACCCAGGCUUGGGAUGUUGACGUCUUGCAAGUGGAAGACUUCAACAGGAUCUUCAAUGGCUGCAAGGAAGGCCAGCUACCCUUCAUUGUUGCUGUUGCCAGCUCGGACGCGGCACCAGCCCCCCCAAGCGGCCAACAGGCUUUGGACAAGAUCGUCGCGUUCGGAUUCCUCUCCACCUACGAUCUUGGCCUGUCUCGCAGCAUGUAUGGAACAGGCAGGUACUCUGUCAAGGCCAACGUCUACGUUCACUCCGAGUACCGUCGUAAGCGAGUCGGUUCCGCCGUCCUCGAUCGCUUGCUGCGGUACAGCCUGCACACGUAUGAUCCCCAGCACCACUACAUGUACCAGGGACCGAAGGAUGACCCGGUCUACAUGCCUGCAACUUCGGCACAGAGCCGGCUGUACUACCGUGUUUACGUCGAGCUGCUGUUUCGGGGUGCCCAGGAUCCGCAGAGAGAGUGGUAUGGUAAGCUGCUUGGUCAAUUUGGAUUCACCUGCAAGGCGGAUGGUCUCGAUUACGCCCACCGCACGACCGAUGCGCCAGGCGUUCAAGGCGAGGCCCUGGACAAGGUGAUCUAUCAGUAUGACUAUACUGAUGAUAGGGGCGUGCUCAAGUCGCGGCAGCCGCUGCGUCGCCCGGGUUUGAACGUUUCUUCUUGA